AUGAUGUUCAUGAAUAAGGAUUCCGACCCAAUCUUAUGCCGUACUUUCCCAACUUUCCUAGAUGGAGCCUCCCUGAUUUGGUUUUCCAACCUCCCUGAAGGCUCCAUUUCUAACUUCGACGAACUAGCAGACCAGUUCGUCAACCACUUCGCCGCAUCCAAAAUAUACGUCCAUAACUCCGAUUACCUAAGCACCAUCAAACAAGGACCAAACGAAAGCCUCAAAGACUAUAUGACCAGGGAGGAGGAAAGGCGGAACAGACAAUCAAACAGCAGGACGGAUCAAAGAACGUUCAGACUAACACCCAACUUCGACAACGACACCCCCCUCAAUGCCAAAAGGGAGGACAUCAUAAAUGACAUAUUGCACUCAAAACUUAUCAAGCCUCCAAACAGGGCCGGUACAUAUCAAGACCAGCGUCACGUGGAUAGGUCAAAAUACUGCGCCUUCCACCAAAAGUACGGCUACACUACAGACGACUGCGUAAUAGCCAGAGAUGUCUUCGAAAAGCUCGCCCGCCAAGGGCUGCUGGACAAAUACAUUGACAGCCGAGGAAGGAAGCGAAGCACAGACGAGCUCGGCCAACAAUCCAAAAUAUCCGACAAUUCCCGAGAUAAGGGGAAAAAGGUAGAUAACGAUAUCAAUCUGCCUUGCAGAAUAAUAAACUGUAUUUCUGGCGGUUUUACAGGCGGCGGUUGCACAAACUCGGCAAGAAAGAGAUCAUACCGAGCUAUGAUGACGAUGACAAAAUCAACUCCAUCCCAACCUGUCAACAGAGACAAACCAGAAAUCUCAUUCACCCCCGAAGACUAUGAGGCAAAUGAUCAAAACCUAGACGACCCCGUCGUCAUUACCGCGCAGGUCGGUGAACCAUUAGUAAAGAAAAUCCUCAUGGACCCCGGAAGCAACGCAGACGUGCUGUUCUAG